CCAAAAAGACCAACAGCACCAAAUGGAGGAAGACCCCGACAUGAUUCCUGAAACCCCCCAAGAAGAAGAGGUGGCGUACAGAGCACCCCGGGCGAAGAAGAGAAAAACCAGACAAACGGUAAAAGAAGAAAACGUGAGUGUAACGGCACCGAUGAUUGAAGUUUCAGGACCUGACGGACCAAUGAUGGUCUUUAGACCAUGGACAGUGGCAGAUAUGAAAGAAGCCAUGGCUCACUUGCCGAGCCCUGAUGAAGCUGGUGACAGACUUUCCUUAGAACUGGUCACGUUCUGCAAAGAAUUCAGCCCCACGGUGUACGAGCUGAAGAGGCUGCUGGCAGUGAAACUGGGGGCCUCGAGCUGGCACAAAGUGAGUGGAAGGCUGCCAAGGGAAGACUACCGAAGAGGGCACACCGAAUGGGGCCACAGAGACAAUCUGGAAUACCGCGCUGCUGUUGAGGAGCUGGCUGAAAGCAUAAGAACAGCAUUUCCGGCGCGGGUGGACACAGCAAAGAUUGGCAACUGCUGCCAGAACAGAGAAGAGUCGGUUCAAGACUUUUAUCAUUGCCUUUAUGAGAUAUUCAACAAACACAGCGGCUUGGAGGAGCCUGGUGACUGCGGAAAUCAGCCUGACACGUGGGAAUGUCAUCUGCGGAGCUGGUUUUUGAAUGGACUGAGACCUGAGAUUGCGUUGGCAGUAAGAACCAGCUACAUUGAAUGGAAACAUGGACGUUUGUCUGCUAUUUUAGCACACGCUUUGCAUGCAGAAGAACUGCAGAUAGCAAAGAGAGAGAGAGUGAAAACAAAGACUGACAGAGACCUACAGCUGGCUGUGAUGCAGGCUGUCGCGAGAACGGGGUAACCCUCUGGCCAGCGCCGCCAGCAGACGAGGUGGGGGAAAGGUAAAAAGUGGAGUGAGAGGAAUCCAAAUGGGGCUGGAAGAAAUUCUGAGAAAUGGGCCUGCUGGAUUUGCGAGACUGACGAUCAUAUGACGUACAAGUGUACCAAAUGCAGACUGUGCAAAAAAGAUGGACACUGGGCCAAGGACUGCCCGGGAAAUCAGCAAACUCAAGAGGCAGAUUGAAACGAGGAUGGUGGAGAGCAGCGGGGACGGGAGAAGGGGGAGCAGUCUCCGAGAGCCACCGAAAAGGGAAGUGAAAUUUUUUUUAACCACACACACCCACACACACACAUACACUGAUGUAUACACUGCUCUCUGCAAUGAAGAAAAAAAAGCUUGCAUUUAUUUGUGUGAUUCCGAUUUGAAUAAUGAAGAUUCUGAUAAAUGUUUAAUGAUGUACAAAAGUGGAGCAUUUAAGAAAAUGCCAAACUACCCCAUGCUGAUUGAGGGGGUACUGAUUGAGUUUUUAGCCGAUUCUGGGGCUUCGAGGUCAUCCAUACGACCAUGUGACUUGCCAUGUCAACCGAUUGUAACAGACAAAACGAAUGAGUCUGUCUCUGCAUCAGGGCAUACCAUUUUUGAAAGAUUCACGGUGCCUCUAAAUUGUGAAACAGAGGGGGGAAGAGUGCUGAAACAUGCAUUCAUUUAUUCACCAAAUUGCCCUGUGCCCAUUUUGGGGCGAGAUCUGUUGUGCAAACUAAAUUUGAUGCUAGUUGCGGACUCCUCGGGUGUCAGAGUGGCAGAAGAGGGGGAGCAAUGGUGUUGUUUGCGAACAGAGCCUCAGUGGGCAUACGAAUGGCACAUCAUAAAUCAUGAUUGGGCUGAAAUGAUGUGCGAACUGGCCAAAAAUAAGACCAAGCCAUUUAACACAGAAAUAAUGGUGCCUGACAAUUUGCAUUGCACGUCACAUGUCGUAGUGGAAAGAGAAAACCAGUAUGAAAAAGACUGGUUUGAGGGGGAAAAAGGAGAAACUUUGAGUUUUAAGAAAAUCUUUUGGAAAGAAAAUAUGUGUGCUGUUUCAGUGGGCCUGACAGAAAAACAGCUUUCUUUUUUCCUAAUGUCAGAGUCUGUGCCUCACUUAUCGCUCUCCAAGGCCAAAGAGCAGGCUUGGGCUGAGCUGGGGGGGUUUGUGAAAAACUGUGUUGAUGCUACAGACUGGUGUGAGAUAAGCGUUGGGGUGAAACACAGCAAAAGUUUGGAAGCAUUUAUGUCAGAGUGCAAGCAUGAAAUUGAAGUAGCGAGAAAUGUGACACCUAUUGACGAAAGCAUGAAGGGAAAUCACUGCAUGACAAACAUUUGUGCCUCAGAAAUUCACCCGGCUUUAGCGGAUGUGCCAUCCGAGCUGUGGGCAAAGCAUAAAUACGAUGUGGGACUGAUCAAAGGAUGUGAACCGGUUGUAAUCACCCCAAAAUCUGAUUACAGGCCGUGUCAACGUCAGUACCCCUUGAAAAAGGAGGCAAUACUGGGAAUCAAACCAGUAUUUGACUCACUUUUGAAAGAAGGCAUAAUCGUUGAAUGCAGUGAUUCCCCAGUAAGAUCACCAAUUUUCCCUGUAAAAAAGAUAAGGGACAAAGGUCAACCCACAGAGUGGCGGUUUGUGCAAGAUUUGCAGGCAGUGAAUGCAGCUGUCAGGCAAAGGGCUCCAUCAGUUCCAAAUCCAUAUACGAUUUUGUCACAAAUACCACAAGAUGCAACAUUUUUCUCGGUGGUAGAUUUGUCCAAUGCAUUCUUUAGCGUGCCAGUGGAUAAAGACAGUCAAUUUUGGUUUGCAUUUGAAUUUGAUGGCAAAGGCUAUACAUUCACGAGAAUGGGCCAGGGGUAUUGUGACAGCCCCACUCUUUAUAACGAAGCGCUUAGGCGAAGUCUGGAGCCAUUGACCCUGACAGCUGGAACUGCUUUGCUUCAAUAUGUGGAUGAUUUAUUUCUGGCUGCUAAGGAUGAGCCCACAUGUGUGGCUGACACUGUGACCCUCCUGCAGCAUCUGGCUCGGGAGGGCCACAAGGUCAGCUUGUCUAAAUUGCAGUUUGUAAAACAACAGGUUACAUUUUUGGGCCAUGUCAUAACACCAAACAGCAAAUCCCUGUCUGACAAAAGAAUUGAAGGCAUUAAGAAUGUACCAAAACCAAUCACAAAGAAACAAAUGCUAUCAUUUUUGGGAAUGUGUUCAUACUGCAGAACGUUUAUUCCAAAUGAUGCAAUUCUUGAGCAGCCUCUGAGAGCCCUAACAACAGGGAAGGGGUUGAAGUCAUGUGACAAAAUUGAGUGGACAGGGGAGGCAGAGGAGGCAUUUGUGAACAUGAAAGUUCAGCUGUCUCUGGCGCCGACUUUGGGCCUACCGGUACCAACCAAGUUUUGUUCAGAUGGUGGAUGAAAAAAAUGGGUUUAUGACUUCUGUGUUGUUGCAGCAUCAUGGAGAUAAAUUGCGACCUGUGGCUUAUUUUUCCAGCAAACUAGAUCCGGUUGCAGCAGGCCUGCCACACUGUCUGAGGGCGGUGGCUGCUGCAGAACAGGCCGUAAUGGCGUCUGGAGAAUUUGUAGGGUACUCUGACCUGAUAUUAAAGGUGCCACACGCUGUGUCCAUGAUCCUGCAAGAACAGAAAACAUCGCAUUUGUCGACGGCGCGGUGGUUGCGAUACCACACUAUCUUGCUUGAUAUGCCGAAUAUCACUGUCAAACGAUGCACAACUUUGAAUGCUGUUACUCUCCUUCCGACGGCGGAGGAUGGGGAGGAGCACCAUUGUUGUCUAACUGCGCUAGAACAAGUGUGUACACCGCGUCCAGAUCUUUCUGAUGUACCACUUGAAAACUGCGAAAAUGUCCUCUUUGUGGAUGGCUCGGCCUACAAAGAUCCACAAACAGGGCAGAAUAGAGUUGGCUACGCGGUAACAACCGAAUUCGAAGUCGUGGUUUCUGGCUCAUUGCCACCACACUUUUCAGCACAGGCAGCGGAGCUUGUGGCGUUAACAGAAGCGUGCAAACUGAUGGCAGGCAAAUGCGUCACAAUCUAUACCGAUUCGCGGUAUGCAUUUGGCGUCACGCAUGACUUUGGAGCACUGUGGAAACACAGAAAAUUUUUUAAGUCAGAUGGGCGCCCAAUAUUAAAUGCUCCUCUAGUGGCGGCCUUACUGGAGGCCAUUCCACUACCAGACAAAAUAGCCAUUUGCAAAUGUGCCGCACACACCAAUAACAAAAAUUUCAUAUCAACAGGAAACGCCAGAGCAGAUGCGGCAGCGAAGGCCGCGGCGGCGAAGCAGACAAAAGAAACAGAGUGUACUAUGUUAUCAGAGACUAACCCAAACAUUUCUUCCUCUUUACAGAGCAUGCAGGCCUUUGCCUCAGGGGCAGAGAGGCAGUGUGGCUGUAAACUGAAUGAGGGUGUUUGGAUGAGCUGUGAUGGCAAGCCUUGUUUACCUAGACACUUCUUUCCACAUUAUGCUAAGUCGACACAUGGGAAAGACCAUGUAUCGAAAGGGGGAAUGGUGGCACAAAUGAAAGAACUGUGGUCUACAAAGGGGUUUACAACAUUUGCAGAACAUUUUUGUAAAAGAUGUGUGAUUUGUAACACCCACAAUGUGGCGAAAGGGAUAAAAAUGUCUCAAGUAUCCCAACCGCCUGCGACAGGUCCUUUUGAAUAUCUACAAAUGGACUUCAUCGAACUGAUGGUAGAUAUGUGGUCCAAAUGGGUCGAGGCUUUCCCAACAUCAAAACAAGACGCAGCGGCGGUGGCAAAGGCCCUGCUGACUGAGAUAGUCCCGAGAUGGGGAGUUCCACAAAAAAUCAGUUCUGACAAUGGAACACAUUUUGUCAAUGAGGCAAUAAAACAAGUGGGUGAAUUUUUAGGCAUCAAUUUGAGAACACACUGCAGUUACAGAGCAGCCUCAGGGGGCGCUGUAGAACGGCAGAACGGGAUAAUAAAAACAAAUUGGCUAAGUGUUGUGAGGAAACUGGACUCACAUGGGUUAAAGCGCUCCCGAUCAUCCUCAUGUACAUGAGAAUGAGAAAACGAUCCAGGGUGAAUCUGAGCCCAUUCGAAAUUCUCUUUGGUAGACCACCAUUUAUGGGAAUAGAAGGGGGAAAACAACAGCUGCCAUCAACAGAAUUGUGUGAGCAUGACAUGUUGAGUUACUGCAAAGAAAUGUCUUCUCUGUUGUCUAAUGUCUGUGCGCAGGUAAAAGCCGCCCAGGGGAAAGUUGCAGAAACUCCCUUGCACGACAUCAAACCAGGAGAUUUCGUGGUGGUACGAGAUCUGAGGAGGAAAAGUUAGAAGGCGAAACGGUGGCUGGGACCGUUCCAAGUGCUUCUGACUACUCACACGGCCGUGAAGGUAGCUGAGAGGGCAACGUGGAUUCACGCCAGCCACUGCAGAAAAGUUCCACCUGCAUCUGAGGAGGAGGAACGGAGGGAGUAGGAGAUCCAAGGGGUGUGUUGACAGGUGCCAAAACCCUGUACAAACAUCAAGCGUGUGAGCAAGGCCAGGACUGAAAAGUUGUGGGGAGACAGCCCGCGCACAAACUGCGGCCUCUCACCCAUUACAAACAGACAUUUAAGAGGAGUAAGCCUCGGAGGAAGAUGAGGACUGGGAGGAACUAGAAGAUAUUGUCAAGGACUGAGAUUACGUCAGGUGGAUAUGAUCCAGGACGGCAUAGCCGGAAGCUCAGCAACACUGAGCAAAAUGACAAAGAAGCUAAGAAUGGUCUGUAAAAAAGCUUUGAGAAAGUACAAGAGAAAGACAGGACAGUUUGUGGGGGGCAGGACAGAGUUUGUCAUUAUUGAUGAAAGCAACUUCCGUCACAAAAGAAAGGUUUCUGGCAUAUCUACCAGCUCAGAAAAGCCGAAAAGAAAACAUGCAGCCGGUUCGUUUUGGGCUUUCUGAGAAUGAAACUGAAACCUGUGAGCUGUUUCAAUCUGCAGCCAGUUUCUACAGUGACUACGUUUACAUGGACAUCAUACAUAGAUCGAAUAAUGGCACACGUCAUUACGUCACCACGUGACGCCAUCCGACGUCUCCCCCAGAAUUUCACAUAUAAACAUAUAGUUUGUCUUCUUGAUGAUGCCAUAUACAGUUUUGGUAUGGACGAGGAAGAGUUGGCGAAACAUGGAGAAGAAAAAAGUGGGUCUUUGGUAUCUUGGCCAUUAAGGGUGAUCGAAGACGACCAAUUUUGCGGCUUGUUGAACAGUGCUCAAGAAAUCACCUGAUUCCAGUAAUCUCAAGACAUGUUCGCCAGGGAUCAACCAUUUUGAGUGACGAAUGGAGACCCUACAAGAGAGCUCUAACCACACUUGGCUACACUCACUACACUGUGAAUCAUAGCAGGUGGUUUGUUGACCCAGUUCAUGGAGGCCACACCCAGAAUAUAGAACGAGCAUGGUCAACAUAUAAAAACCAGGUCUGGAGGUUGAGAGGCAAUAGGACAGAAAAGCUGUUGAAGGAACACUUGGAAUGCAUUGAGUGGACAUACUGGCUUGGACACAACCACCGUGAAGGUCCUCUAGGACGUUUGUUAAAAGAUAUUAAAAGACAAUACAGAGUUUAAUAUUUUGGAGUAUGCUCAUGAAUAAAUUGCUAGUACCUGUGUGAGUGAGCAUUUGUGUGCUAGAUAUUACUGUGGCUCAGUUUCUUAUCUGUUUCAUCACUGUGUG